AUCCCAGCAAGUGCGGGAUGGAGGGGGAGCGCGGCGGUGGCACCCUUGCUUUCCGCGGUCUCCAGAACCGCUCCCGUGAGAAGAUGAAGCUGCGGAAGAGAAAGUCUGUCUUGUACCUCAGCGCCCAGGAGAAGAGCACUGGGUGCCGCGGAAUUCUCGGAGAAAACAUUUAUCUGGUCUUGUUUAUCAUAGCUUUACGAAUAUUUAACUGCUUUUUAAUCCAGACAAGUUUUGUUCCAGAUGAAUACUGGCAAUCUCUUGAAGUUGCACAUCACAUGGUUUUCAAUUAUGGUUAUUUGACCUGGGAAUGGACAGAAAGAUUGAGGGGUUACACUUACCCCUUAAUCUUUGCAAGCAUGUACAAGAUUCUGCACCUUUUGGAGAAAGAUAGUGUCCAACUGCUGAUUUGGAUUCCUAGACUUGCUCAAGCACUUCUGUCUGCUAUAGCAGACAUGAGGCUUUACUCAUUAAUGAAGCAACUAGAAAAUCAGGAAGUGGCAAGAUGGGUGUUUUUUUGCCAGUUGUGUUCUUGGUUCACAUGGUAUUGCUGUACCAGAACCCUUACAAACACCAUGGAAACUGUUCUCACCAUAAUUGCUCUUUUCUACUAUCCUUUGGAAGGGUCAAAGUCUAUGAACAGAUUUGUCACUUUGAGUUUGUCUCUGAUAAUUGAUCGUAUUUUUUUUGGCCAAUGGACUCUGGUUCAAUUUAAUUUUUUGAAAUUUAACGUGCUGCAGAAUUUGGGAACAUUUUACGGUUCUCAUCCAUGGCAUUGGUACUUCAGUCAAGGAUUUCCAAUUGCGUUGGGUACUCACUUACCCUUCUUUAUUCAUGGCUGCUUUCUAGCCCCAAAGAGGUACCAGGUACUUUUGCUGACUGUGCUGUGGACACUGCUAAUUUAUAGUAUGUUGGGCCACAAAGAAUUCCGGUUUAUCUAUCCAGUUUUACCAUUUUGUAUGGUGUUCUGUGGAUACUCACUAACCCACCUGAAAACGUGGAAGAAACCAGCUCUAAGUUUCCUGUUUUUAUCAAAUGUGCUCCUCGCCCUCUAUACUGGUUUAGUUCAUCAACGAGGUACUCUUGAUGUCAUGAGUCAUAUUCAAAAAGUCUGUUACAACAGUCCCAAUAAAUCUGCAGCUUCAAUAUUUGUAAUGAUGCCUUGCCACUCUACUCCUUAUUACAGCCAUGUUCACUGCCCGCUUCUAAUGAGAUUUCUCGAAUGUCCACCUAACUUGACUGGAAAAAGUCAGUAUCUUGAUGAAGCAGAUAUAUUUUACCUAAAUCCCUUAAACUGGUUACAUAAAGAGUUUAACAAUGAUGCAUCACUGCCUACUCACUUGAUCAUUUUCAGCGUUUUGGAGGAGGAAAUAAGUGCUUUCCUAAUUUCAAGCAAUUAUGAGAAAACUGCUGUUUUCUUCCACACUCACUUGCCAGAAGGUCGAAUUGGAAGUCACAUAUAUGUCUAUGAACGCAAGUUAUAAGGGAAACUCAACAGAAGAUGAAAUUCUGAACUGUGUUUAGCUCUUUCCUAGAGAAGACAUUGCUGGGUGGAACUAUUCAGAUGCUGUUUAAAUAUUUUAGUAAACACUGGGUAAGAGUCACGUAACUUGCCAAAAAAUCUCGGUAUAAACUGCUUUACCAAAUAUCACUACUGCAGAAAUGUAUAAAAUAUCAAAGUGUACAAUCACAUACUAGUACAAUGCCAGAUUUUAAAUAAAGACCAUUAGUUUUC